AACACGAAAUAGGUUAACAUGGAUGAUCCUCUUUUCUGGGACGUUUCCUGCCCGGUGCGAGUUCAUGUUUUAGUCGUUUCCGAGUUAGCCUUCCAUUUGCCUCUCAGCUAAUUCGUCUCCGCUACUGCACUAACGAAUCUUAUCUUUGAAUCACGAAACGUACAAGUAUUUCAUGUGUCCCGAUUGCUCGGAUGAAAUAGAUUCAAUGGGCGUUGGCAAAAAUCUCCAAGGUUUCAGCAAUCGGCUGGGUUGUAAAGCAGAAGAAGCUUCUCUUAGCGAUAGCGGUGAGUUGACGGACCUGGUUAAGAUUACUAACAUGCCAAAGCUCGUGUUGAAUUCUGGCAAGAAUUCCAAGAAAGGUUGGUCUUGGUAUAGAACUCCAUCAGUGGAGAAAGUUGAAGAAGGCAAAGAUCCAUCACCGUUUGAAAUCUGGAGGAAGUUUGUACGCACAACAACCGGACACGGUUUCGCACGGAUGGUCGAUACGAACGAACACUGGCAGCUGAGAGUAUUUUGGGCCAUCGUUGUCCUUUUAUUAGUCGCUGGAUUGUUAAUCUCCGUUUUUAUCAUCAGCUACGAAUCACUGGUAGUCCGAGGAUUGCAAAGAGAGUUCAUCGUGCAGUACAACAACACGAUGUACCUGCCAGAUAUUCACAUCUGCGACACGUCACUCUUCAGCCGUUCUGCACUCGAAUCAAUGGGCUUCAAUAAAACCAUGGGCAGCUAUCUGGCGUUAACACUUUCACCGAUGUUGGCAUCGCGUUCGCUGCGGAAAGACAUGAAAAGACGUCAGGAAUUAGAAAAAUUUUACAACGUACUGAUGGAGAACAGAACUAUCCACGACGUUUACGAAAGAGCAACCCUUAAAUGCGAAAAUAUCAUCGUUGGCUGUACCCACGAUGUCACUUCUUACAACAGCAUUCAGUGCUGUCAGAAAAUAUUCGGCAAUCUAACCUACGUUACAGAUUUGGCUACGAUGUGCGUCUCCACGGCAAAACAGCAACCUCUCGAAGAGAUAUUUGCGUCGCAGAUUUAUGGCCUGACUGUUUACCUCAAGACAAAUACUCACGAUCGAUUCGAGUUUGACUCGACCAUUGUAACUAGCAAUGUUGCAUCACGACGUGGCUUGCUUUAUGCCGUGUCUGAUCCGAUUACGGCCGUAAAUCCCAUCGUUUCAGCCGCUGGACAUUACAUGGCACCAGGCAAAUGGGCAGGUGUUUCCAUCUCUUUCACAAGGACAGACAAUUCGGAAUUGCAGACGGGCAUCUUAUCACCAUAUUCUUGCGUGCCAUCUGGAGCGACUAGUCACUCGCACUUAGUACCCAACUAUGACGUUUACAGCGAACGAAAUUGCAUCUUCGCCUCUGCUCGAGUUGUGCUGGAAAGGAAAUUUAACUGCACCAUUUUCCGUUUUCGUAAAACUCAUCAACACGUAAACGUUACUCCGUGCUGCGAUCCUGAUAUUAUGAUAGGGGCCUAUUCAUUGAACCUUGCACAGAAAAUCAAGAAACAGUCUGCCGGUUGUCCAAUAGAUUGCAUUGUCAAUGAUUACCACUUGUAUUCAACCCCGUCGCAACUUUACUUGGGCGAUCAAGAUGAGUUUUUCGAAGGACAGAAACAUGGUGAUCAUGUUGUUCACAGCGCCAUCCAUUUCUUCUAUCCGUCUUUCAGCUACACUGUCAUCAAGAAUCAUCCUCAGCGUCUUGUCAAGUGGUUGAGUGACGUAGGCAGCAACAUGAGCCUCUAUCUGGGAGCCAGUUUUGUUACCAUUUUAGAAUUCAUCGUACUUAUUUUGCGCUGCGCUCGGUUUGCGUUUCAGAAUUAGAGCAAGCCCUCUUCCCGUAUUCGUAGUCAAACAUUUUUAUAGCCAUGUAACAA